AUGGUGUUGAGGUGCAGUAUAUAUGGGUUUUACGUGUUGUCGCUAGUAUUUGCUACUGGAGCUUGCGGUUGGGAAGAUGAGUUUAAGCAUAUUACUUUGCUAAAUGACCACAAUUUUGUGGAAUUCUACAAAGAUAAGGAUGUAGAGAAUGGUAUAUUCAUCUUGUUCUGCUCCAAAGAAGGUUCGUGGUCCAAAAUCGCACUAAAAGAAUAUGAUAUGACGGCAAAAAUACUGUCCAAAACGAAUGUAAAAUUUGGUGCUAUGUUCCCGGGAGAUAACGACGACUUCCCAAUAAACAUCGAGUUGAUGCAACUUCCCAGUCUGUUUCACAUACAUGGAGUUGACGUAGAUAUUUAUCGUGGGACAAUUACCCACAUUGAGAUUAUGAAUUGGGUACUAAUCAAAAUUGUGACGGAACUAAAUAUCAAUAAUGUUGAGGCACUGGAUGCUGUAUUGAAUGUACCUGAAAGUCAUGAAGCACUGACGCUUAUUGUGGCGAAGAAUCAAAUAUUUUCAAUCUCUAAAUUCAUUGGCACUCCUUCUGUUGUACAAUUGGCUUCAAUUUGUAUAUUCUUUUAUAUCGAUUCUCCCAAAGUUAUUGAGAGAUUGGAAAAAACGAUCUACCACGAGCUGGAAAAUGAUGACAGGGCCUUUCUGAAAUCGGGUAAAAGCUACAUAGUCGUCCUGCGCAAAUUUAAGUAUAAAAGUAAAGCUGUUGUUUAUAAGAAAUCACUAAACGAUUUGGAAGCUAUUGUUAAUUUCAUUAAAUACGAAUCUAUUCCCAUUAUAAUAGAAGCGAAUUCUAGGAUGUUACCCAGACUCAUAGAAUACGAGUAUAAAGUGGUGUAUAUAUAUACCAAUGAAGAUGAUCUUAAAAAGGUAGUCUCCAUUGAGAAGAUCUAUAACUUCUUCAGCGAUCAUCACACGGAUUGCGUUCUAGCGCAUUUAUCGUCCAAUAAUAUCGAAAAUAGCCCAAUUAUAAAUAUGCUUGGUAUAGAUUUGGAGUCAGUAAUCGUGGUUAGGGCAAUUUGGAAAGAUGUAAAGACUGGGAAGAUCAGAAAAUAUCAGCCCCAAGAUUUUGGGGAACAAGCGUUUGACUACGAACGAUUUUUCAUAUUCAUGAGGAAGCUUAUUGACAAUCAAUUACAACCUUAUUUCAAGUCCCAGCCCAGCAUACCUAAGGAGAUAGACACGGGCCCAGUAAAAACAAUAGUUGGCUCAGAUUUCUACGACCGAGUACUGAACUCAAGUGAAGAUGUUUUGCUGAUGAUAUAUGCCACCUGGUGUGGUCAUUGCCAUAAAGUGCGACCUGUUUGGCGUCAAUUAGGUCUGUUGUUGCAAAAUGUAAAAAAUAUUAUCGUAGCCAAAUUAGAUGGAGUUAAUAAUGAAGUGGAUGACAUCUAUAUAACUUACUUUCCAACCAUCAGAAUGUACCCGCAUGGGCAAAAAUCACAACCUAUAGAUUUUAAAAUGGAUAUUACCAUAGAAAAUCUACUUGACUUUGCGGAAAAAACUGCAGGAAUCGCCAAGUUUGACACAAAUAAUUUAAUAAAUUCAAUUUCUCCAGAACCAUUGUUCGAGAAAUACACCGAGUUGUAA